AUGGUUCCUCAGGAUGUGAAAGACAAAGCCAAUCAAAGUAAUGUUUCUAUGAUUGAUGUGACUCAAUUUGGGCACUUCAAGCUACUUGGGAAGUAUGUCUUGUCCAGUGAUCGGGCGAUGGUUGGAAAAGGCCAAAUGAGUAGCUCUAGGGAGACCUCACCAGAUUGGCUUCGUUGUUUCCAGGCACCAACUCAAUCAGCUCUAUCAUUGUCGUCGGCCUCCCAGUCUCCUCCAGAGGACAACCCUGUAAGCGAGGGUCUCCCGAAAGAAACUUCCCAUUCUUCUGAGAAAAACAACUCCCAAGACACUGGGGAGUCUCCAGUUGAUAAUACUCUAAAAGCAAAGUCCCCCAGCAAGAGUAAAAAUAAGAAAGCAGAUCUCACACGUUUGCGAAAAAGAGGAAAAGAGACAAAGAAGAAUGAAAACAUAGAUUCCUUCCCAUGUUCUAAUAUAUUUCUUCUUGGUAAUGCUGCAGGGAAUGGGGUUGAUGGGGAAGUUUCAAAGAAAGAGACGUCUGUGAAGACUACGAAACCUCAUGAAACAAAGCAUCCAGUCUGGACAUUGUCAUCAGAUUCUGAAUCUUCUCCUGAUUCCAUCUCUGUAAGGGAGCACAACUCACAUCAUGAGGAAUUAUCUGCACAUGAGAUUGGUGGACAGUCUCCACUUAAGGAGGCCUCUAAAGUGAAAUCUCCUAAAAAACAGCUCAAAACAGAGGAUCAUAUACCCAGAAAAAGGCAGAAAUUAAACAGCCACAUGAACAAAGAAGGUAUGAAGGCUGAAUUUACAGGCCUGAGGUUCCUUGAUGAUUCUGAACCGAAGUACAAAGGUUUCAGAUGA